AUGUCAGAAGAAAACGGCAAGCGCAAAGCCGAGGAGGAGCCAUCAUCUCCUACUCCAUCUAAGCGCAUCAAGCAGGAUGAUUCCGCCGAACCACCGGAAAAGAAGCCCGAAGUCAAACGAAUCCCAUUCCCUGAAAAGCCUGCUGUCAUCGAAGAGCGCAAUGGUGAAAUCGAGUUUCGAGUAGUCAACAACGAUAAUGAGCGCGAAGCACUUAUCAUUUUGACCGGCCUUAAAUGUAUCUUUCAGAAACAACUCCCGAAAAUGCCCAAGGAUUAUAUCGCUCGACUUGUAUACGACCGAACCCAUCUGUCCAUCGCCAUUGUCAAGAAGCCCCUGGAAGUUGUUGGUGGAAUCACAUAUCGCCCAUUCAAAGGACGCCGUUUCGCCGAAAUUGUGUUCUGUGCCAUCAGCUCUGAUCAGCAAGUCAAGGGAUACGGUGCUCAUCUUAUGUCUCACUUGAAAGACUAUGUUAAAGCGACAAGCGACGUGAUGCAUUUCUUGACGUAUGCCGACAACUAUGCGAUUGGAUACUUUAAGAAACAGGGCUUCACCAAAGAGAUUACCCUCGACAAGAAGGUAUGGAUGGGUUACAUCAAGGAUUAUGAAGGUGGUACCAUUAUGCAGUGUUCUAUGCUGCCACGGAUCCGCUAUCUCGAGAUGGGUCGCAUGCUCCUUAAGCAGAAAGAAUGUGUCCAAGCAAAGAUUCGAGCGUACUCCAAAUCCCACAACAUUCAUGCCCCUCCGAAAGAGUGGAAGAAUGGAAUUACAGAAAUCAACCCUCUGGAUAUUCCGGCUAUUCGAGCAUCAGGAUGGUCACCCGAUAUGGACGAACUAGCGCGUCAACCUCGCCAUGGACCCAACUACAACCAACUUCUUCAUCUAUUGAACGAUCUUCAGAACCACAACUCAGCCUGGCCAUUCCUGGUACCCGUUAAUCGCGACGACGUGGCCGAUUACUACGAUGUAAUCAAGGAACCCAUGGAUUUGAGUACUAUGGAGAGCAAGCUCGAGGCCGACCAGUACCUCACGCCUGAGGAUUUCAUCAGAGACGCCAAGUUGGUUUUCGACAACUGCCGGAAGUACAAUAACGAGAGUACUCCAUACGCAAAGUCGGCCAACAAGCUUGAAAAGUUUAUGUGGCAGCAGAUUAAAGCGAUUCCCGAGUGGUCUCACCUGGAGCCUGAGAAAUAG